AUGGUAAUAACUGAUUCAUCUCUUGAGAUCAUUGAAGCAAACGAUAAAGAUAGAGGCAAUGACAAAGAUCACAGUAUCAACUUGAUUGAGCUGAACUCUGCGACUGAUGACUUUUCGACUGCUGGAGCUCCUGUCUUAGCUGCAGAAUAUCCAUCUUCACCAAAAAUCAACGUUUCAAGCCCAACCGAAGUUAAUGAGGUCUGUAAACAAUUUACAGAGCGAUCAGAAGAGUUAUCUUACGCUUUCCAAAACGACACCGCACUGGAAAACAGCUCUUUGGCCAUCGAGUCUGGGCCUAAAACGGCCAGCAUUAUUCAUAUUGGUGAGUCCUCAUUAGACUACUCCAACAUCACGAACAAAUCAAGCCCGGUCAUGCCGAAAACAUCUCAGAAACUUAAAAGCGCUCUAGAUCAAAUCUUGGGAGACGACGUUCCGUCAUCUUCGGACAUCACAGAUGGACAAAUCUCUUUACCUCAAAGUGCCAGUAGAGAUAUGAGCGUUGCUGCACUGGGUUUGAAAUGGUCCCAAAAGGAGGUGGAUACUCAUGACGGUUCUCCAUUGAGAAAGUUCAGGGACCGAAGUCCCAAACUAGAGCCUGCAGUUCGUGACUACGCUAGCUUGCCAUCUCGAGGAUCGCUAGCGCCGGUUACUAAUUCACUUUUUGUGCACAGCUCUCAGACGGAUCUUAGCGCUUCCAACAUGGAAGGUCAAUGGCAGGAGGACGGACGCGUUACUUUCAAUACCAAUGAACAUUCUCUGGAAAAUGUUCACGCACAUAAAAAAGACGCAGAUGAUGCUAUAGAAGAUUCAUCUGUCAUAUUAUCACCUGAAGGCAUCAACUUAAAUUCAUCCCCAUGGAAACCAAACCUUCGCAUUUCUAAAAAAAGGAGCCCCAGUUAUCAGAGUCGGCCCUUAUUCAAGCAAAGCUGUGAACCUUUGAGUCAGUGUUUACAUGACAAGUACAAGAACUUCAUAGUUAAUGGCAAGUACUUUACUGAUGAAGAGUCUAGAAAAGAAGUGGCAAAGAGCCUAUCUACAGCACCAGGUAAAAAGAAGUACAACGCAGUUAACAAGCUUGUCAAAGAUGCUGUCACUUUGAAAACAGAAAUGAUUUUGGACAUGGAUGAAUCGCUCUAUCGAGACUUUGAAGGCGAUGGUAUUGACCUGAGACAGGAACUGCUGCCAACGCAAAUUAUUCAUACGCACGAAACAAAAGCUCUUAUUAAGCUGCGAAGGAGCUGCAAAUCAAUUUACGACUAUAAUCAUGGAAUCUUUUACCCGAUAAAGGAAUCAGUGGUUAAUGAAACGGUAUCGAUACUUUACUAUGAUGCUUUAGAUUUUUUUCAUCAGUUCGCAACACAAAGAACUCUCUUCAUGGAAAUAAUUCAAGGUCUCAAAGGGAGCAACCAACUAGUUCUCGUGGUUCUCAGUGGCCGUGACCAACUGGUUAAAUGUAUGCAAAAGAUAGAAAAUAAGCGUUUUAGAGAGCAAGUUGAUGAAGAACUUAAUGGACCAAGACCCAAAAGAAAUCAAAGUAAGACCAGAAGAACACAAAUGCUGGAGGAUUUAAGUAUUUCAGCAGACGACAUUGAUAAAGAAAUAGACCGUCUCGUUGUUUGUCUUGGGGUUCAUUUCUUUGCAACGGAGUCAAACCGAGAUUUUCUUGUUUGGUUAAACAGUUUUAUUAUUGUUGUCGGUAAAAAGCGCUAUGAUCCUGUAAUAAGACACCAGGAGUGGUCGCAUAUAAAUUUGCGAUCUGCUCAAGAUCCACAGGACGCGCUAGGAAAAACGCUGGAGCAAUUAGAUCAGAUGACGAGAUUGAAAGCUCAGCGAGUGGUUUCAGUAUACAAAAACUUCCAACAAUUGCACGAUGAUAUUGAAAAGGGCUACUUAACAAGUGGUAAUGAUGGAAAUUCACUGAUGGCCAGCGCGACAGAAAAGGCCGUGGUUACGCUAUUAACUUCAGAAAAUCCGGAAGACCUGGUGUAUUUAUCCUAG